AUGGGGGAGUUCUUUCAUUUUCUGGGAUUGUUUCUGUUGGGGGAUGCUUUUCCUUGGCUUAGUUGGUUGGAUUUGGGUGGACAGCAGAAGGCCAUGAAGAGAACUGCCAAAGAACUGGACAGUAUUCUUGCGGAAUGGUUGGAGGAGCACAAGCAGAAAAGAACUAAAGGAAAAGAUCAAGAUUUCAUAGAUGUGAUGCUUUCAGCCAUCGAUGGAACACAUGUUGCUGGCUUCGAUGCUGAUACCGUCAUCAAAGCAACAUGUUUGACUAUGAUUUCUGGAGGGAGUGACACAACCAUGGUAACCCUGACGUGGACACUCUCUUUGCUUUUGAACAACCGCCAAGUUUUGAAGAAAGUUUAUGAAGAACUUGACCAGCAGGUUGGCAAAACUAGACUGCUGAAUGAGUCAGAUAUAAAUAAUCUGGUGUACCUGCCGGCCACUAUUAAAGAAUCAAUGCGUUUAUGCCCACCUGGUCCACUCUCAGUCCAGAGGGAGUUCAGAGAAGACUGUACCGUAGGAGGGUACCAGGUUCCAAAAGGCACAUGGCUGCUAGUGAACCUGUGGAAGAUCCAAACUGACCCUCGGGUUUGGGCCGACCCGAUGGAGUUCAAGCCAGAGAGAUUUCUCACUACUCAUAAGGAUGUUGAUGUUAGGGGUCAGCAAUUUGAGCUGAUGCCGUUCGGGAGUGGUAGAAGAGUAUGCCCUGGGAUAAGUAUGGGUCUUCAGACGACGCUUUUAACUUUAGCUAGUUUUCUUCAUUCGUUUGAUGUCACGACCCGAGGAAACGCAGCGGUUGAUAUGAGUGCAAGCGCUGGACUUACGAACAGGAAACUCACCCCUCUUGAUGUCCUCAUCAAACCACGCUUGUCUCCACAUCUUUAUGAAUAA